CCGGCCCCCGGCGCCGCCGCGGAGUGAGGAAGGUGGCGGAGUGUGCGCGCGUGCACGUGUGCGCGCGUGUCUACAGGUAGCAGUGGCGGCGGCGGGGACCGGAGCAGGGGACGCAACCGCAGCCACCUCCCCGCCUGCGAUUUUCGGAGGCGGCUGCUCACUUAGCUGAGGAUCUGUGGCCCCGGGAGGUCUUCUCAUCCGCUCCAUUUCCAAGCUUCCUAGGUAGACACCAGUUUCGAGUGUGUGUUUUGGGUAUUUUAUUUUUAAUUUCUUUUUCCUUCUGCCUCUAAAUCUUCUCGGAAAUUCUGCAUAUUGAAGCAGGUGGUUCCUGGUACGAAAUCUCUGGAUACAUUUGGCUUGCCAAGUUUUGCUCUUCGCUGUCCCCUCCCGCUUACAGAAGCAUCUGUGGUGCUUUUCUUUUUGGAUUUACAUGCAGGAAACGUAUAUAUGUUUAUAUACCGACCGCACAAUAUAUAAAUACAUAUACGCGUGCCCAAGCGCCUGGUUUUCGUCUCUCCUCCCCACGAAGCGGAAUGUUUUGGAGUCGAUGGAUAACAAGAACACUAUUAACAUUCUUUUGAGCCUAUCUUUUAAAAGGGGGAGGGAACGCGAAGAAUUGUUUAACAUUCGGCCAUCGUUUGGCUGCACACUAAGCACCACGAAGUAUUUAUGGUUGCAGAUCAGGUGCAAACGGGGCUUAGAGAGAAAGGAUAUAGACCUGCAGCUAACCGAAUUUGAUUUAUAAGAGAGAAAUCUACAGUCAGUUCCCACUCUUGCCACACUGCUAAUAUGGAAAACAGAAUGUUCAAUAGGAUAUGGUCAGAUAAAUAGUGAUGAUUGAAGAUGCUGCUCCAAUACAUGUGAAUUCAAUGGGAGAUACCUGCUGUAUGAAGAUCUUUCAGAGCUUUUCCCAACAAGCUCCCCUUUAAGAAAUCGGAGGUAUAUUCUACCAUUAUACAGUCUUUCGCAAGUGGAUAUAAAUACAUUUGCCUCACUGUAACCAGUCAGCUAGACAACUAAUGUGGGACCAUGGCGCUGCCCAGAUGCACGUGGCCAGAUUAUGUUUGGAGAGCAGUGAUGGCAUGCUUGGUACACAGGGGAUUGGGUACCCCAUUGACUCUCUGUAUGUUGGGAUGUUUGCUUCAGGCUGGCCAUGUGCUACCACAAAAAUUGGAUGAUGUGGACCCACUGGUGACUACCAACUUUGGAAAGAUAAGAGGGAUUAAGAAGGAACUCAAUAAUGAAAUUUUGGGGCCUGUGAUUCAAUUUCUUGGAGUUCCAUAUGCAGCCCCGCCAACAGGGGAACGUCGUUUUCAGCCUCCAGAACCACCAUCUCCCUGGUCAGAUAUCAGGAAUGCCACUCAGUUUGCUCCUGUGUGUCCCCAGAAUAUCAUUGAUGGCAGACUGCCAGAAGUCAUGCUUCCUGUGUGGUUUACUAAUAACUUGGAUGUGGUUUCAUCAUACGUACAAGACCAGAGCGAAGACUGCCUAUAUUUAAAUAUAUAUGUCCCAACUGAGGAUGUAAAAAGAAUAUCCAAGGAAUGUGCCAGAAAGCCCGGCAAGAAAAUAUGUAGAAAAGGAGGUCCCCUUACAAAGAAACAGACAGAUGAUUUAGGUGAUAAUGAUGGUGCUGAAGAUGAAGAUAUUCGGGACAGUGGGGGUCCCAAACCAGUGAUGGUGUAUAUCCAUGGUGGCUCAUAUAUGGAAGGUACUGGAAAUUUAUAUGAUGGGAGUGUCUUGGCAAGUUAUGGCAAUGUGAUCGUCAUCACAGUCAACUAUCGACUUGGGGUACUUGGUUUCUUGAGUACAGGGGAUCAGGCUGCAAAAGGGAACUAUGGACUUCUUGAUCUCAUACAAGCUUUAAGAUGGACUAGUGAAAACAUUGGAUUCUUUGGUGGUGACCCCUUAAGAAUCACUGUUUUUGGAUCUGGUGCUGGGGGUUCAUGUGUCAAUCUGCUGACUUUAUCCCAUUAUUCUGAAGGUAACCGUUGGAGCAAUUCAACCAAAGGACUUUUUCAACGAGCAAUAGCUCAAAGUGGAACAGCCCUUUCCAGCUGGGCGGUUAGUUUUCAACCUGCAAAAUAUGCUAGAAUGUUGGCCACAAAAGUUGGUUGCAAUGUUUCAGAUACAGUAGAGUUAGUGGAAUGCCUCCAGAAGAAGCCUUACAAAGAACUUGUUGACCAAGAUAUUCAACCAGCUAGAUACCACAUAGCCUUUGGACCUGUGAUUGAUGGUGAUGUAAUACCAGACGACCCUCAGAUAUUGAUGGAGCAAGGAGAGUUUCUCAACUAUGAUAUAAUGUUAGGAGUGAACCAAGGGGAAGGGUUAAAAUUUGUUGAAAAUAUAGUAGAUAGCGAUGAUGGUAUAUCAGCUAGCGAUUUUGACUUUGCUGUUUCAAAUUUUGUUGAUAAUUUAUAUGGAUACCCUGAAGGCAAAGAUGUUUUGAGAGAAACCAUUAAGUUCAUGUAUACUGACUGGGCUGACCGUCAUAACCCCGAAACCAGAAGAAAGACAUUGUUGGCUUUGUUUACGGACCAUCAGUGGGUGGCACCAGCUGUAGCCACAGCAGAUCUUCACUCAAACUUUGGUUCACCUACGUACUUCUAUGCCUUUUACCAUCAUUGCCAAACAGAUCAGGUUCCAGCUUGGGCUGAUGCAGCCCACGGAGACGAGGUUCCCUACGUACUGGGAAUCCCCAUGAUUGGCCCGACAGAGUUAUUUCCUUGCAAUUUCUCCAAAAACGAUGUGAUGCUGAGUGCAGUUGUAAUGACAUACUGGACAAAUUUUGCUAAAACUGGUGACCCAAAUCAACCAGUCCCUCAAGACACGAAAUUCAUCCAUACCAAACCCAACCGUUUUGAAGAAGUAGCAUGGACCAGAUAUUCCCAGAAAGACCAACUUUAUCUCCACAUUGGAUUAAAACCAAGAGUUAAAGAACAUUACAGAGCCAAUAAGGUAAACCUCUGGUUGGAGCUGGUACCUCAUCUGCAUAAUCUCAAUGACAUUUCUCAGUAUACCUCUACAACAACUAAAGUGCCAUCAACUGACAUCACUUUCAGACCUACGAGAAAAAAUUCUGUACCUGUCACAUCAGCCUUUCCCACUGCCAAGCAGGAUGAUCCCAAACAACAACCAAGUCCGUUUUCAGUGGAUCAGAGGGACUACUCAACAGAGCUGAGUGUCACUAUUGCAGUUGGAGCGUCACUGCUGUUUCUGAACAUCUUGGCCUUUGCAGCCCUGUACUACAAAAAGGAUAAGAGGAGACACGAUGUUCACAGGAGAUGCAGCCCUCAGCGCACCACUACCAAUGAUCUAACCCAUGCACAAGAAGAGGAAAUCAUGUCCCUCCAAAUGAAGCACACUGAUUUGGAUCAUGAAUGUGAGUCCAUCCAUCCACAUGAGGUGGUUCUUCGGACCGCCUGUCCCCCAGAUUACACACUAGCUAUGAGGAGGUCACCCGAUGAUGUUCCCUUAAUGACACCCAACACCAUCACAAUGAUUCCCAACACUAUACCAGGGAUUCAGCCCUUACACACAUUCAAUACAUUUACUGGAGGACAGAACAAUACUCUGCCCCAUCCCCACCCCCACCCCCAUUCACAUUCAACAACCAGGGUAUAGCCAGAUAAGAGAAACAAACUAUUUUUUUGAUGGAUUGCAGUAAACGAUGACUGAAGAUUCCUUGGCUUUCAACCUACAAGACUUAACUAUUUAAAUAAGGAGGAAUAUUAUGUGAAUAUACAUAUCAAGAACUUCGGGGGUUUUGAAAAAAAUGAAUUGUAUAUAUACCAAUCAACUUCAAAAACAAAUUUCAAUUGCUUGAAGCAAUUGUUCUGAAUGAUACUUUUUCAUUCACAUUCAAGAAUUAAUUUUUUGAAGAUUUAAGUUACAUAAUGGAAUUAGGCAUGUGGAACACCAAACAGGAAAGAACUAUGUCUGAAACAUAAAAAAUAAAAAUAAAAAAACAACGAUGAAUAUGCACAAGGGACACACCAAUGGAAUGUCAGAUAAUUUUCACCCAUUUUUAUUUGGAGCCGUUUUAUUGUGUAGACCAUAUUUACAUAUUUGGAUAAGUACACAAAGCACCAAUGCUGUUAAUGGCCUUAGCAAAGGCUUAUGCUGAAAUUUGCCAGUAAAACAAAGAAGUUUAAAGACUGGCAGGUACAACAUUAUCACAUAAGUGCUGUCAGUAUAAAAUUGUGGGGAUAAAGGAAACGAUAUUUUUAGCACGAUGUGCAUGAUAAUUUAUAUGCUUGGUGGCUGUGCUGCUGAUUAAGCCGUAAUUAAAAUUCUUCUCAUCCCAUUGGAGUUUUUAAUAGAAGCUUCCUCCAUCAAUUGGCAGAACCUAAAGAAGAUUUUAAGGGGCAAAAGUAAUUACAAUAAAAUAAUUCACAGUAGUUUCAAUAUAGAAGGAAUUAGCUAUUAAAGGUAUUUGAAGAAACUAUAGGUAUAGUGGUGAAUACUCGCUGAUAUGAAUCCCAGAAAAAAAUUUCCUGUUUUUAAUGUUCUUUUCAUUCCCAUCUAGAUAAUGUAUAACCCUAAUUGGACAUGUGGUACAGGAUCUAUAAAUUGUUGUGAUUUUUUUUUGUUACUCUGUAUUUUGUUCCUUUUGGUAAGGUGAAGUGUGUCCAAAGAGUUACUUGCAACAGUCUUUCAUGAUAUGAGGAUGCCCCAGUAUUACCACUCUGAUUAUAGUCCUGAGUUCAUUGAUUUACUCAUGCUGCAUGACAAAAUGUUUACUAAUAACAAUUCAUUAUAAAGUUAUGUCCCUCUUUACAUCACUUAUCUUUCUCACUGAGGUUCAUUCACUGGAAUUUACUCACGCAAUCUCAGUAGAGUACAAAGUAGAUGCAGAACCUAGGAGAGUCAACACCUGGAGGAUUUUAGUCUUAUACAUAUGUGUGAUUUUAAAUGAAUAUUCUAAGACCACAGGAAACUCUUCAUCCCCCUGUUGUUUACCAGUAACAGUAUAUCACAGACCUUUCCAAAUGUUUGUAUAUGUAAUCAGAUGUACAUUUAUAUUUAAAACAAUGAGAUGGACUUAAAGAGCACAUCCUGAUAAAUACUUUCUCUCUUACCUGUACUAUAUUUCUAUUAGACUAAAGUUAUGUGAUUUUUUUUUUACAUUUUUUCAGAUGACUAGCAAUUUUGAUAGUUUAUAAGAUAAUGCAAAGAACUUUCUCUGACAAACUAACUGCAGUAACAGAAACCUUUCUUUUCAGUUACUCUUUUUCAAGAAUGAAAGCUUAUUAUACAAAAAAAUUGUAUACUACUUGAUGGAAACAACUUUGUACAUCUUGGCCAUGUCACUGGUCAUUGUGUGAAAUAAAGAUAAUCUGGAUAAAGACUAUUAGUCCAAUGCUAAGAAACAUGAUCUUUGCUCAUUAAAGAGCUAAAAUGUUUAUUGCUGUUUUGUCUUUCUUUAAAAAAAAAAAAAAGGAAAAGAAAAACAAAGAAACAUGACUGUCUCAGAGAGUAAUAUUUCUAGAGUAGACCAGUCGGGUUUUUGAAGACAUACAGGUAGCCUCCAUAGAAAACACAACCAUGUAUUUAAAGGCAAGUCUCAUCUAAGAUGAAACUCAUAAAACUGUAAUGUUGUGAAUUUAAAAGUUCCAUAAAUUCAUGAAAAAAAGACUAGCUCUGUGUUUUUAAAUACCUCUUAGGUACCGAUGUUGUAGAAAUAAAGUGCCAAUUGUUUUCAGCUAGAAACACAAGUUCCAAUUCUGGUCAUCAAAUAAAAGGUCUAUUGAAAACAAAUUUGCAAUAUUUUAUAGAAUGCAACUAACUAGGCUCAUAAUAUGAGGGUGAUUAAACUACAAUAAAGUAAUGAAUAGAAAGUUGCCCUGCUAAAAGAAUGUAAAAGUGCUGAGCAAGAUAUUAAACUGACACUAAAAGAUAAAAAUAUAUUUCAAGGAAUUAUUAUAAUCCCCCUGUCCAAUUAUUAGCUACCAAUGAAAUGUAGAUAUUGCUCCAUAAUUUAAAAAAAAAUCUCCGUUAGAAGCAAAACGUCUUCAAAAUUCAAAGUGAUCUACAUGCAGCAUUUGAAUGACGUGGUUAGGCUUUUAGACUGUGAACUGCCAACGUACACAAGUAAAAAGAAUUGUUUAGCAUCUAAAAUCUUGUUCAAUUGGAACACUGUAUUUUACUAUGUUGAUUAAACAAAACACAAGAACAGAAUAGAAAUGACAACAAAAUAAGAUAUAAAUGAAUAUUUUCAUAUGCAUUGCUUCAUUUGGCAAAACCAAACAUUCUAUUAAAUAUCAUGUUUUAACAAUGGCCAUAUUUAUAUCUAUCUACCAAUUUAUUGCUCUGCAUUUAUCAAUCUACCUAUAUAUAGCAUAACUAUAUGCUACCAUCAUCUUUAUAUUAAUUUAGGAAAAUGAUUUAGGAAAACAAAGCAUAGCCCUAUUAUCUUCUCUAAAUUAAGGUAGAGUAACUUUGUGGAAGAUAAAGCAGACUAGAUUUAAUUGCUGUUCUCAAGUCACUGGAUAAAGUCGUUGUGAAUGAGUGUUAGUUGUUAGUUUUAUAAUUGCAGUCUCUAGUUUUCUGAAUGAAAAAGAAUGUCCCACAUUAUACAGAACAUUAAGAAUAGCUUUUAAAGCUGAAACAUAAUUUUUGUAUGCAAGAAACAUAAAUAUUGUUACUCAAUUUUAGCCAAUAUGUUUAAAUGUAUUUAUUUAGAUAAUUUUCUUUGAAAAACAAUGUAAGUCACAAAAUUAAUAUUUUUGGCAUUAUUUGUUAAUUCCGAUUUUCCUGCCUCAGAUUAAAAAUUAGGCAAGGCUACUUAUAAUUUGUACAAACAUUAUACCAAAAUGAACAGAAUUUCAUUGUUUUGCUGUUAUAUAAAAUGUUUGCCAAAUGUUUCCAACAGAUUAAUGUUUUAGAGUAUGGGGUUAGAAAAACAAAAGUGACAAAUUUCAUAGUUUUAAAUCUCUAUUGAACAUGUUGACUAUGAACAAAAUCUAAUCUAAUACCACAGAUAUAUGACAAAGCUUAUCAUUAACUUUUUUCAAAUUAGAAAAUAAUUUGCUAAAGCGUUAAAAAUGUCCGAUUUGGAGACAUCUCUCUGGCAGCUUAAAGGAGAAAAUCUGAGCAUAUGUUACUUUAUUCCUCAUUUCAAAUAUAGAAGUUGACCAAAAUGACGCUUUAUUUCAGACUUCCUGAUCUGUACAUGAAAACAGCAACAAUGUUUUUUUAAAAAAUUAUUAACUGUAUGUAUAAUACUAAAGAGGAAAACAGCACUAACUUUUUUAAAGAAGUGAAGUGCUGAAACUAAAUUGUUAUAACAACAGUUACUUCACCUCUUAGCAUACUCAUCCUACACACAUAUUAAUAACAAAAAAAGGAUACAAAGAACGUGAGAAAUGUGUCCCAGCUUUAAAGACACUCCUAAGUAGAAAUUACUGGGAUUCGUUUCUUUGGCGAGUUUCACAAAACAGUUUCACAGGAUGAAAUGAUGAGUUAAAUUCUUAAGAAGCUGUCAAAUAUGGUGGUCUUUUGAUGUUAGUAAUUUUGUUUUCUUCUGUGUUAUUGGUUUAAAGUACUGACCUUUUCCUUCUUUCCAGUAAUUAGUUGUUACAGACUAUCACUUUUUAAUGUGAGUGGAAAUUAGAUAAUUUGGUUAUACUUGUGAAAACAUGCUUCCAAAUAAAUUCAAUUAAUGGGCACUUCCCUGCUGAGAUUUUGUUAUCAUUCAUUUAAUUAUCUUGUCAAGCUUUACUGUUACAACAAACGUUUUAGCUUUCUGGUCAAUAAACUAAGGGAAUUUCUUCAGUAGCCUUAUAUCUCCCCUGCACUUGAUCUGAUAGCAACAUAUCCUUCAAAUUUCCAUCAGAAGUCUCUAAAGAAAUUUUCUACUGACGUGAAACUUUGGUGACCAACUUGAUUCUUUUUCUUAAGCAUUGUGAUUUUAUUUUAUUCUGGCACUUCGCUGUAUAUGUGUGUGGGCCAGAAAUCAAUUUCAUUUGAUAAGCGUGGAGAAUACAGACUGGAAUAAACAUGUGCAGGGCUUAAGUGCCUUUUCAUCCAGAGAUUUUAUUUAUAAAACUUAGCUUUUUUUUUUUUUAAUUUUCAGAAUCUGAUAAUUCAAUUUAAAGAGUAUAAUAGGAUGACUAUAUUAUAAAUUACAAAUGGGAAAAGUUUAUUUAGACAGUUUUACAUUUAAUUUGAUUUAAAAAAUAAUAUCAGAUGGAUCUAAAUGGCUUCUGGGAAAGAUUGAGGUAAAUUUUUGAAAGUGACAAUUAUAUAGUCAUCUGACUUGAUGGUACUUAAGAAUAAAAAUUCAAAUCUCUAACAAACUUUAAAAAGUUUCCAAAUAGUAAGUUUAAUUUAGAAGAAGUCUGAAGCUAUUAGAGCCAAUCAUAUAUCGGAUAGGUAUAUAUAUUUUUCUAGUCAGCUAUUACAUAUACCACAUAGUGUAUAUACUAUGUGGUUUAUAUAACAUUUAUAAUGGCCCAUUCAAACUCAUAUACUUACAAAUGACAUUGUGUAACUUCCUACCUUUGUACUAAUGUAACAGAAUUUAGUCUUCUAUGAAAGUCAAGCCAAAGUGGUAGCUGUUUGGAGUUGAAAUGAAUGAUAACAAUUCAAACUUUAAAGAAAUUGGUAAAGAUACAGUAACAAAAACUCAGCAGAUAAAUUUAAAACAAGGGACCAUUUUUGAAUGCCAUUUUCAGAGUUGACAUCUAAACUAGAAGGUGUAUUUAAAAGGAUUUUAGUAGUUUUGAUUCAUCCUUUCUCUGCACUCAUAUCAUUUAGCAAAUUAAUGGGACAUAUGUCAUGGUUUUUGUAAAAAAGACCAUUGGGUUGUCAUGAUUCAGUUUGUGUUUGGACAUCUUUGGCUUUCAUUAAAAACAUGUUUAUUAUCAUGAAUAAAUAUUACCAUGUUUUCCAA